AUAAUAAAUUUGACUGCACUAACAUAAGUUUAGUCUUACACCUUCCAAUUCAGUGGCCGGGUGAGUCAGUCCUGAUUUAAAAUGUAACCAGCGACGCUACAAUAAAGGCGGAGGCAUCGAUCUUUAUAACAAACAAGUGCAUCACAAGACAGGAAAGCGCAUGUGACAUGACGAACCAAAAGCCAACACGGAAGUCACGAGAAAGCAGCUGAAACACUCAGCGAGUCUGUAUUUGGACAGAGCGCUUUGUCGAAUACGGAAGGAAGUUGACAUUUUGAGCAUAUUAUGGAUCGUAAACGUGUGGUUGGUUGAUAGAGGAGAAGAUGGUUCAUGUAUACAACUGCCACCCGUUUGCAUCCCAGCAGAUUGUACCCACAGACCAGGAGCCCGGGUUGUUCUGCUGCGGAGGCGAUGCUCUGUUCGUGGUGUCUGCGGGAGGAUGUAGAAUCGAGGCGUUUCAGCUGCAGCGAGAGGAAGAAUGCACACUUCUGUGCAGAUUUGCAACCAUGGGGAAAGUGCUGAGCAUCGCACACAGUGAAAUAGGGGACUACCUUGUUACAAUCGAAGAGAAGAGCAAAGCCACUUAUUUACGGGCCUACACAAACUGGAGGUACCAGGCUGUAGAAAAAACAAGAGUGGCUGUCCGCAUGCUGGGGCACUUUCUGAGGGGCUCAUCCUUUCGAGCAGCCCCCAAAGAGCAGAUGGAAAUAAUUGAGAUUCCCCUCUUUGACCCUCCCCUGUGCUUUUCAUGCUGUCAGGUCACAGGUGAUCUGCUCGUGGGCUGCAGAAAGAGCUUGGUUCUCUUUAGCCUAAAGAAACAGGAUGUGAACGAUCCACUGUCUGUUCUCGAUUUUGAGCGGUCCCUAAUUGUGCAUGUGCCGGGCUGGACACCCACACGGGUCUGUUUCUGUGACGGUUACGUGGCUAUACAGAUGGAACUGGAAAUUUUAAUAGUAAAACUGGAACACUUUCAUCAACAGCCUACAAAUGACAAUGUUCUUGUAUCCAAGGAUAUUAAUACUUCCAUAGAUAUUGAAGAUAAAGGUCUGAUGAGACAAGUGCCUCAGGCUGAUGUGUCCCAGCUGGAGCAGGAUGAUUUCUACAUCUGUCAGAAGCACCAGGAGUUGCUGGGGGAGGAAGCACGGGAAUGUGGAGUGUCGGUCACACUGGAGUGGACAGGCAUGGAACACGAGGCCGGAGACAGUCUUGGAGUGUCAUACAUUCUGUACAGACGUUUUGCUCCUGAUUAUUUUCAGGGACAUACUGUAGAGGAGACACAUUUACAUUCUCUUCAGUUGCUGCCCAUUUUCACUGUAACCAGCAGCCAGGAUCUUUCCUGUGAAAAGAAAGAGAGAGAGCCUCUGAGCAUGUUCUGUUUUCUCUCAAUGCCGAACACUGGCUACCUUUACAGCAUCAGAAAUGGUGUGGAGCUGAUCUCUUCUUACCAGUAUCCAGAAAAGGCACAGCAGGCAGUGCUUAGCAAUCAGUUCCUGCAUGUCAUCACCAGAAACGCCUUGCAGUGCUUUACAGUGAGGUGUAGUGCAGUAGCAGCCCGCACUGAGGAUCCCUACGUUGACACAACCAUGAAGGCCUGCCCUCCCUUUACAAUGGACGUUUGUGCGCUUCGGAUACAGCUUUUCAUUGGACUGAAAGCCCUGUGCCACUUUAAAAACCACGUCAUCCUGCUCACUAAAGCUGCCGUUGAUGGCGAUGGAGGGAGUGGAAGGGGGCCAAAAAAGGCACCCCAAGUGAAAGAUCAAAAAAUCCUUACAGGGAUUUUCCUAGCAAUAGAUCUAAAAUCUCCUUCACCUGGACUAGAGAGGCUCCUGUCCAGAUCACUCUCGUCUAAAAAGUCAACCAGUACAAAGCAAAGGGUGUUGUCUGAAAGUGGCCACGGAUGGAAUCUGUAUGUUGUUAAUACUGUUUCAACACUUCACCUCUACAGUGAAAUGGUGGAGUACAGUAAGAAGUACGAGACCAGCAGCCCCCAAGCUCAGAGCUGUAUCCAUCUCCUGAGUGAGGCCCACCUGCUCCUGAGGGCAGAUCUCCUGGACCCUGGCGUGAGGGAUCCAGCAGAACGAGGGGAGCUAGAGGCAGCGUUCCGGGAGAGCUGUGCCCAGCUCGGAGACUGCUACAGCAGGUUUGAUAAAAGAGAUUUUCAUCUUGCCCUUCCCUACUACAAGAUGUCUGGUCUGUCAGUGACGGAUGUCAUUGAGAGAAAUGUUGCGUUUUCACAGAAAUCCAAAAGCUUUGGAAAAGGCUUUCUGUUUUAUUUGAAGCACUCCCUUUAUGAGGAAUCAAGCGAAGAACUAAGUGAAGAGACCGCAGGUCAAGUUUUGCACAUCUUCAGCACAGCAGAACCCAGCCAGCUGCCCCAUCUUGUGUGCAGUCCAUGCAUGCUUCAUGCAAACCAUGCUACUGCAUUUACCUGUCUGGAGAAGCUGGAGGCAACGUUCCCCUCUGUGAUAGUUACACUGACCAAAGCGGCCGUUGCACUGAAAAUGGAGAACCUGGAACAGUAUAAAACAGAAAUGGGGCGCCAUGCAGAGAUGCUGCAAGUCUAUGGUUUCAUUGAAGAGCCAAAGCUGCUGCUGCUGCUCAGUCAUGAAGGUAAAUCCAUUGAACCCACUGCUCUGGCGCACCAUCUGAAAGAGACCCAGGAGGGGCUGCUGGUGGCUUCGGUAGUGGCACUGCAUGAGAAUAACAAAGUGAAGCUGGGGGAGGCAGAUACGUUCUUCAAGGAGCUCUGCAGAGAGACUGGUGAUGAGAAAGAUGGUCCUCAGCUGUUAGUUGAUUUUUGGGAAGCACUCUUAGUGGCUUCUACCCAGGAAGCAGUAAUCCAGGAGCUCCUGUUUAAACUGUCAACAGUGUACAUUGAUCGAAUCUCCACUAAAGAGAACUCUGGCAUAAAGCCGCUAAAAACGGCAGAAGAUCUGAUCAAUUCUUGCUCUCACUAUGGAUUGAUUUUCCCAUGGGUGAGUGUUAUAACCCCGUCUGAUUUUAACAUGGAUCACCAUUACCAGGAAGACUUGCAAAAAUUACAGUCUUUGUUAAGCGGUCCCUCUCUUGAUCCAUCAUCAAUAUUUCCUUUACUGGAGCAACUGUCUGAUAACGAGAGCCCUGGGCUCAGUAUACAUGUUCUCUGUGCCACGAAACUGGGAGACUAUGAGAGCUGCAUUGACAAGCUACUGGAGAGAUGCCCACAAGCCAUUAUACCGUAUGCAAACCAUGAGCUUCAGCAUGAAAAACAGCCUCUUUGGUGGCAGAAGGUUUUGCCUGAACUUUGUAAAAAAACAAAAUGUGAGGGGAAUGAAAACAACACUUUCUUGUCUUCACUGAAAGAAACAUUAUUGGUUGUUGCCAUGGAGCUGGACCCUCUGGAUUUUCUGAACUUGAUACCAGAUGAUGGAACAGCAGCAUUUUUUCUGCCUUAUGUGCUUGAAUGCAGUCAAAAGAAUUUGAUGACAUGAAGAAAACUCCCUGCUGUUGAAACAAUUGUUUGUAAAACCAAAACAAAAAAAGCACUACAGCAAUGUUCACCUAAUAGCUGACAGAGAACCAUACAAGCUUCCACUGGUAUUGACCCAGGAUACAUUCACUCCAUGGCUGAUACAUCUAGGGAGUCUGUCCCUUCAGUUCACAGAAUGCUACUGAUGAACAUCGAUUUCUUGCUGCUACACCCAAGUUCUGUAAUCAAUGUAUUAUAUUCUAUGUAUUAUUUAAAAGUAUUAUUUGUAGCAAUUACUUGUUUGUCUGUAAAACAAAUAUACAUUUGUCUGUAUUAAUGAGUUUAAGUCCAGUGUUAUAUAAAUAUUCAUUUUAAUUUAUCGGUUUCUGCUUUGGCUACCUUUUUAGAAUAUGGAGAAGUUGACUUAUAUAUGUAAAACAUACUCUUAAAAAAAAAUAAACAAACAUAUUUAACUGUGGUAAUAAAA